AUGGUCGCUCGAGGCACCGAAAACCAGCCUCUCGGAGACAAGGCGCUUCACCACCGCCACAAGUCUGCCAGCAACAUUAACAUCAUGAGUUCCGUCAACGCCUCUUCGAAGGCCUCGUUGAACGCCAACGUUACCGACGCUGUUAACCGCGGCAAACCUACUGCCUCCAACGACGCAGCCAUGUCUAAGGCUAAGAGUAUCUCUAAGGGAGUUGUUGCAGUGGCCCAGGAGAAUCGAGGCCACAUUGGUGCCAAGGACGCGUUCUUGCAGCCGGCACAGCGACCUCCUAAGUCCCUUCAAUCUUCCACGUCGAUGACCCACCUUCGACCCACAACCACCGAAUCUCGCCCUAUCGCGAAGCCUACUGGUACCUUCGGCAAGCGAGGUCGUCCCAUUCCUAUCUUCAAGGACAACCAGAUUGAGCCCGAGCCGGAGAAGCAUGAGCCUCGACAGUCCAGCGCGAGCAACGCAAGCCAAGCUCCUACGAGCUCCAAGGGCGAUGCUCAAUCGAAGAGCGAUGGCCACCUGGAAGGCCGUCUUGACGAAUUCCACAUGGCAGAGAGCCCCAAGCCCUCGCAAAAGGGUGAUCAUUUGUCUACUCGCCCGGCCGAGGAAGACGUUACGGAAGCCAUCUACUUGGACGCUGUUGAAGAGCUUUCCAAUGAGGCAUCUCCCGUCUCUGCUUCUGACUACCAGAAGGAGUUGUCCGAUGGUUGGCAAUCUCCAAAGCUGGACGACUACGUGGGAGAACCCGAUGUCGUUGUGCAUGAGGACCACGAUGUCCAGAACGAUAUUCCUGACUACGAGGAGGUCUCGACCGAUGCACGAGCAUCUAAGCCCCUGCCUAUCCCGACUGAUGACCAAGUCGAAUUCUCAGAUUACGAGGACGGUGAUUAUUCUGAUGACCAGGGCUACACCGGUCAGCAUUCCCCCGGUGCCACUACGGGUUUCGUGACCAUGGUCGUGGUCCCUCCUAAAUUGACCAAGAAGGGUGAAGCUGAAGUUGAUGCUGCUAAGGCUCACGUCCUGACCAAGAACUGGGAGGAACCCUCCGACGAUUACUGGGAUAUCGGCAUGGUGGCCGAAUACAGCGAUGAGAUCUUCGAGUACAUGCGAGAGAUGGAGAUCCAGCUGUUGCCAAAGGCCCACUACAUGGAUAUUCAGAACGAGAUCCAAUGGUCCAUGCGAUCUGUCCUCAUUGAUUGGCUAGCUCAAGUGCAUCUUCGAUUUGGCCUUCUUCCAGAGACAUUGUACCUGGCCGUGAACGUGGUCGACCGAUUCCUGUCUGUCAAAAUUGUCUCCAUGUCGAAGCUGCAGCUUGUUGGUGCUACUGCCCUAAUGAUCGCAGCAAAAUACGAAGAGAUUAACUGCCCCUCUUUGUCCGAGAUGGUCUUCAUGGUGGAAGGAGGUUACGCCCCGGAAGAGAUUCUGAAGGCGGAACGCUUCAUGUUGAGCCAACUUGAAUUUACUCUCGGUUACCCGGGACCGAUGAGUUUCAUGCGACGAAUCAGCAAGGCCGAUGACUAUGACUCCGAGAUUCGAACGGUGGCCAAGUACUUCGCCGAGGUCACUCUCAUGGAUGAGCGGUUUGUUUCCACUCCUCCUAGCUAUGUGGCCGCCGGUUCUCAGUGUCUAGCGCGCCUGAUGUUGAACAAGGGAGAAUGGACUCAGGAGCAUGUGUACUACUCCGGCUACACCUUCACUCAGCUGAAGCCGCUCAUGGCGACUAUCAUGGAGUGUUGUUACGACCCCAGCCGACAUCAUAACGCGAUCUACAAGAAGUACUCUACUAAGCAGUUCAAGUGCGCGUCUAUCUUUGUCGUCAACAUGGUCGAGAAGGGAUUCGAGCUCCCUUUCCAGAAUCACGCCCACGUCCUACAGAAGAACGGCAUCGAUGAUUCUCGUUGGGGCUUGACUAUGCCGCUCCCCUCUUAUCCUACCGUCCGUUGA